CUCGUAGCUGACGGCUAGAGAGAUCAAGUCAAACUUCGGGGGAGGGGUGCUGCAGGAAUCGAGGGCGUGUAUGAAAUUGGAAAUUGGAGCUCUUUGGCGCUCAAGGAUCCAUAGAUCUAGCGGAGACUGAGUGAAUUGAAGUUGCAGCUUAGAUGUAUAAAUAUACUUCUUGGGGUCCUUCAAACGAAGCAAAGUCGUAUGUUGUAUGGAGGCUGGGUGUCAGAGCAAUCCCCGGACCUCGUUUGUAUUUCCGGCUGUGUUGAAGAUGGCAUGAAAGAGCAUAUAGCUUCUCACCGCGCUGAAGGUAGUUGACGGAAGGACAGAGAUGGUUGAAGGAAGGACACAGGCAGUCGAAGGAAGGACAGAGAUGGUUGAAGGAAGGACACAGGCAGUCGAAGGAAGGACACAAGUAGUUAAAGUAAGGACACAGGUAGUUGAAGGAAAGACACAGCUAAACCCGCAAGGAGGCUACAGCUGGUGUAUGGCAAAGAGGACGGCACUGGCAAGAAAGCGUAGGCGCGACAAGAGGUCAUAUUGGUGUCAGCAGAAUUCGACUAAUGCUUCCAAGGAGGACCUCAGCUUCACCACUUCUCUUCAUGGGAGAAAUGGACAAAAUCCAAGGGCGUAUACUUGCGGAGUUCAGAAACGGGAAUACGCGUUCAAGAGUACGGAGGAGAGGGUAUGGAAAACUCUGGAUGGCUUGAGAAAUGGACUCCGUUUGCAUGCGCCAGUACAAGCACGCGGAUAAUGGCAGGAGG